CUAACAGCACGUGAUAGAGAAAGGUUGCUGUGCGUGUCUGGCUGGUCAAUUUUGGUCCUCGAUACGCACCGUAGUUACAGGCGGGUAAACGGGAGGUUGGAUGAGUGAGGUACGACUGGCCGACACGAUGGAGGGUUUGAAGACACGGUUUGAUUUUCCCAGCCCCGUCGUACAAGCACAGGCUGUGAGAAAUCUCGUAGCUGCUGUGCUAAAGGAGAAAGGACAAAAUGGGCAAAUCACGCAGGCGUCCCCUCAGGGCCCAGCGUUGGAGGCUUUGUGGCAGCGGUGCUGCGGCGACUGCGCCCUGGUGCGUUCAGCGUGCUGCGAUGCCGUGGUGCUGCUGGUGGAUCAGGGCCACGCCGACCUGCACUACGUCCUCAACAGCGUGCUCAACCUCCUGCCCUCCGCCAGAAACGUCCAGGGGCUAAUAAAGGUCAUCGGACGGCUGCUCCAGAUGCAGGCAGACCAGAGAAGCCGAGAGACACACUUCACCUGUCCUUACUCCAUCAGGAUGAGCCCUCACCCAUACAUCACAGCCCUGGAGAACCGCGGGGACUGCUGGCCGGCUCUGCUGCUGGAGAUUGACGAUUUCAUUCAGCAGGCUGCCGACAGAAAUGAACCAGCCUACAUCACCAUGCUGGCCCCCUUCCUGCAGUACCUGUACUGUGAACCUCAGAGGCUACCCCAGCACGCCCUCCUCCGACACAGUCUCCUCAGGGUGCUGCUGCCGCCCGCGCAUCCGGGAGCUGGAUCAGUCCUCCAGAAGAAGGAGCAGGAGAAGCCCUCCACGGUGUCCGACAGCCUGCUGCACUGCCUCUGCCAGCUGGUUCCACACAUGCAGGUGGACAGUGUGGAGGCGGUGCUGGAGCUGUGUGGAUUCAUUGAUGCCCUGGUUCAGAGUCUUCUUCGGGCCCCCGAGGAGCACUGGAGGACUGAGAGAGCCCAGCUGCUUCUGCACCUGCUGUGUGCCUGUCAGCGCUGCCUCAGGUUAAACGGAGACUGUCGGCCGCUUCUCGACUUAUUGCAGCUGCUCCUGCCUACCUGCCAACAGGAGCUGCCAGGGGACGAGCUAAUGAUGGGUGUGGCCCUGCUCCUGUUAGAGGCCCCUGCAGCACAGCAGACCAGCCUGCUCAGUCUGGCCCUGAGUUUGGCACCCGAGCAGGCGGAGCUUUCGCCCUGGUUGAGUCCAGUCCUGGUUCUUCCUGUCCUGCAGCUGCUGUCCUGUUCGGGCCUCACUGAACCGCUGGCUGACCGGAGGACACACAACCUCAACCAUAGCCUGGCCCACAGCCUGCUCCGCAGCAUCAGCAAGCGGAGGGAUAGACCCCGACAGCCUGGUCCACCAUUGGCACUUCCUCUCACUUCCUGGUACAGCGAGCUCAGCGUGGCUCUGUCCGUACUGCGGAAAGUGGCAGAUGAUCCAGCGCCAGCGGCUGAUUGGCUGCUGUCGGUUCGCUCGGCCGUGUCGUCCAGCCAGCGCCUGCCCUGCUCCCUCACCCUCAUUGUGACCUAUCUCAUCAUAACGGGUCAGGAAGACGUCUGCCAGCUGGCUUUGAAUGCAAGCCAGGCCCUGGCUGCAGCCGACCCCUGCCAGGUCCCUUCCCUCAUCCCUGUUCUGCUGUUCAAACUGGGGAAGGAAAAGAAUCCAGACCUGGUCCACGCCGUGCUGAGCUGCCUGCCAAACCUCGGGACUCAUAAGCUCUGUGUCCCCAUGGUGCUGCAGACUCUCCACGUGCUGGCCAGCGCCCCCAAGCUGAAAGCCGUGGCAAUGCGCCUCAUGACUGCUCUCUGGAAGAAACAGGACCGAGUAUACCCGGAGCUGCAGCGUCUGCUGGGUCAGCAGGACAGUGGGGUGGUGGUGGGGAAGGACGCCCAGUGGGAGCAGAUCCUGGCCAGGGCUGCCUGCCUCAGGGACAUCUGCAGAGAGAGGCCUUAUCAGCAUGGAGGGGACAUGCUGGCUGCUAUUACACACACUCUUAAGCAGUGCACCAGACCAGACAUGGCAACCCCUGCGGCCCUCGCCCUGCAAGGACUACAGGAGCUGUGUCGGGCAGAGGUCGUGGACAUUAUCUCCACAUGGAGGCGUCUCGGGCCUGAGCUCAGCUGCGAAUCCCGUCCACUGAUGGUCAAAGUUACAGCUGAGCUUCUGGCUCUGGUUCCCCAGCUCGCUGUCAGGUCGGAGGAGUACGAGAAACUGAAAGGGGAGGUGGUCAGCUUUCUCUGGAAUUAUGCUGCGAGCAAGGAUCCAGAGGUUGCCAGCUGUGGCUACAGAGCUCUGGCUGAUUUUCCUGAGGCUGUCCACACAGUAACCCUCCUUCCUGAGGCAGCCAGGCCAGCAACAAAGCCCCCGGAUGAGGAGGAGGAGGAGGACGAACAGGGGGAGGACAAAGAGGAAGAGGAGAAGGAUCUCUCCAUCCCUGGUUCAUCCUAUGUAAAGCUGAUGGCUCUCACCCCCGUACCUGUCCUCCCAGCGUUCCAGCUCUUCUUGACGUCGCUGGUGAAGCAGGAGAUGAGCCAGAUGCCACGGGGGGUUUACUUCACCGCCCUGAGGGGGGGCAGCCUGCGCUCAGACCAGGGUAAAACCGUGGCAGGGAUCCCGGCUUUCAUGCUGAAGACCUACGAGAAGAACAAGCAGCCUGGACUGAAACCUGGACUAGCAGCUGGACUGCUGCUCAGCUACGAGCUGCCUGUGCAGACGGACCGCAACGGCAAACCCAUCGAUCGCUUCCUCGUCAGCCGCAGCCGCAGCUACCAGCAGACCCUGACGGCCCUCAUUCAUGAGGUGAACAUUCAGCCGUCUGAAUGGCACAGAGCCCUCCUCCUGCCCCAGGCCUGGAGGGGUUUCAUGAGCCGAGCUUUCCAUGCUGUCCUGCAGGGUCGACGUGCUGACUUAGAGAUGCAACAGAAACAAGGCAAAGAGAACCCAGAGGAGCUGCAGUACAAACAGCACUGUGCCUGGCUGUGGGCCAGAGAUCAGCUGACUGAUGUCAUCAAAGCUGCUACAAAGGACAGUCCUGUUGUUCAGGGAAACUCCAUCCUUGCUCUGAGCGGCCUGGCUGCCGUCCUCGCUAAAUACGAAAGCAACCUGCCUGCUGAUAGCGACGGCAGCCUCGGGGCUGGACCGGAGUUUGUGCCCACAGCCAGCUGGUUGUCCAUGGUGCUCGACACCCUGCUCAGCAUCAUCAGCAGCAGCUACAAGGCCAGAGGACAAGUUUUCCCAUGGUUCCUGCACCGUUCCUACUCAGGCGAGAACACAGCAAGCGCCAUAGCUCGCUCCUGUGCCAGCCUGGCGUUGUCCUUGCUGGUCCCGGUGCUCGUGGUCUGGCAGAGGGACGGCCUGGUCCAGGUCCUGUCCGCACUGCAGGCCGGCCUGCCGGGCUCACCCACCGCCGACGACUCCCAGGCGGUCCAGUUCCACUCCGGCCUCGCGCUGGGCAUGGUGCUGUCCAGUCUGCACCACCAACGCCUCAGUGACGUCUCGGCUCAGAAGGACACUGAUCUCCUCCUCAGCUCUCUGAACGCGCUGGAAAGUUGCUCCUUCAACCCCAACCUGGAAUACAAUACCGGUUGUAUGUUGGGUCUGGGUCUGGUGCUGGCAACUCUCUGCAGCAGUGGACAGACGGACCAACACGUCCAUGUCACCCAAACGCUAGACAAACUACUGUCCAGCCUGCAGGAGAGCAGUGGGCAGGGACGCAUGCUGCAGGAGGUGUUGGCGUACUCUGUGGCGUGUGUGGGCGUCUCAGCCUUCAGUGGAGGCCUCGUAGAUGCUGCCAAGGCUGAGGAGAUCAUGGACACUCUGCGCACCCUGACUGAGGAGAGCCAGCAGACUCCAGGGUUCUCCUUGGCUCUAGGGUUGGUCGUCCACGGCCUGUCGCUGUCCGGUCACGGGAAAGCAGAGGACAUCCACCCUCGACUGCUGGCGGCUUGGAUCAAGAUCUUGCUGGCUGAGGGUUGUCCCACCAUGCAGCGACUGGCUGCCGUCAACGGCCUGGUGGCUUUAGUGGGAUCUGAGAGUUACCUCAUCCAGCUAAAGAGUGAGUUGGAGCUUUCCUCCCAGCAGCAGAGCCGACUGAAUGAGGUUAUUCGGGCCAUCACGCAGGUCAUAACGUUCUCGGGAGCCAUCGGUCUGCAGUCCAACAGUGCCUGUUUGGUGGGUCACUUGCAUUUGGCCCACAUGUCCACCAGUCACAGUCACACAGCAGUCCCUCAGGAUUUCAGUUACCUCUCAGAGAAAAGUGUCAUCAGAUCCAUCGUCGACUUCAUCUCAGAGGCUGGAAAGAAAGGUCCAGAGUUCUCUCAUCCAGCUCUGGUGAACACUGCUGUGAGCGCCCUGGCAUCGGUCGGAGCCAGUUUCCAGUACCCACCCAUUAACUGGAGUGCUGUCCUGUCUCCUCUGAUGAGGCUCAGCUUCGGAGAGGACGUACAGCAUCAGUGCGUGGUGCUGGCGGCGAGUCAAGCUCAGUCCUCUCAGAGUGCGUCUCUCUUCCUGGGCUCCUGGUUAUCACCACCCCUCGUGCACAGUCUCAGUUAUCAGACUCGGGCUCACCUGUAUGAGACCCUGGGCUCGUGGAUGAAGCAUGUUGCUGAGGACAAGCUCCAGGUCUACGUGGAGAGCCUGGGCCUGCAGCAGUUCCAGGAGGACCUUCGACCCCAGCGCCUGUCCCUGUGCCGCUCUGUCCUGCAGGGUCUCGCUCAGGCUAUGGCCCUCCCAAACCCCCCCAACACCUGCUGGACCAUCCUCUGCUCCGCCACAGAGAAGAUCUUCACCCUCCUGCCCAACCAAAUCCAGGACAAUGAAGUGGAUUUGUACAUGGGAGUCGCCAAAUGUCUGUCUGAGGUGUCGGAUACAGAAAUCGAACGAAUCACUCGUGUCACAGAGACUCAGAUGGAGAAGACAUGCUUCAUCCUGGCUUACCUGACUUCCCAAGGCAGAGUUCCCCUGCUGGGUCUCAACGACAUCAUCGCCGGCGUGCUCCGUGGUUGGCCAAGCCGCCGAGUGGGUUGGCUCCUCCUGCAAGCUUUUUAUCAGUGUCGCCUGGCCGCCAGCGCCAACACAGGCGUCUCCAAACGGAUGGAGUGGCUCCUGGAGCUGAUGGGCCACAUCCGGAACGUAGCCUACGGCGCGACCCCUGUCGCAUGCGGAGACACCAAACUGGCCACAGACUUCCUGUUCCAAGUCUUUGCCGCUGCUGUCGUUUCCUGGGGUGACCACUUCAUGCCCUUCCUCCUCGGCAUCAGGGCCCGCUGGUUGCCGUGGGAACCGGGCUCCAAGCCCCAAACUCUACAACACAGUCUGUACGGGGAGGAGUCGCUCGCUGAACUCGCCCUGCCGCAGUGCCCGCUGGGAAUACCUCACAGCCUGGUUCUGCUUUUGGACAAAGAGCCCUGGAGCAGCCAGAGACAAAAGUUCAUAGACUGGCUUCUCAGCAUCACAGAAGGUCCGGACCACAGUUUGUCGACUACAACCAUCAGCACCGCCAAAGCUGCUCUGUUGGCGCUGAAAUCCUCCGCUGAGUUCAAGAAGAAAGCCGUGUGGACCAGAGCCUAUGGCUGGUAGCCCAGAGGAGACACAACGCCGCUGCAAACCCACGGCAACGCAUAUGAAGAGGGUCUUCACGAA